GAUGUGGGAGCUUUAAAUAUUAACGUUACAUAUCCAGCUGGCAAGCUGUACUAAAAUGUCAUCUCUGCCUGAGGAUUGUCUAGAAAACGUGGCAGUUAAGGAGUUUCAAAAAAAGUACAAGCUUGACUUUAAUGAGAUAUUUGAUCUUGCUCAGACAUUUUUCAAUGAGAAAGCUGAGAAGGCGUUCCACUUAAGCUUUGACGAUCGAAUUCAUCUUUCGGCUCUCAUAUGUAUUAAGAAGUACGGGAAGUACGAUCGGGCAAAAACACCAGUACCUGGUUUCCUUGAUAUUAUAGGGCAGAAGAGAAAUGCUCGUUGGGAAACCUUAAGUGAUAUGAAGCCAAAAGAAGCUCAAGUGGAGUUCAUAAAUAGGAUUUGUCACCUAUGUCCAUUAUUCAUAUCAUAUUUGGAAGCCUAUUCCCGCAGCAAAGGAAGUGUUGCUGAUCUUUUUUCAAAAGAAACUAACGUUUCUAGUUCGGAUGAACCUACUGGCACCAUCGAUAAUAGUGAACAAUCUUGUUUUAUUUUGAAAAAUGAAUCUGAAAUUCGAGCAGCUUUAAAUACUCAAACUGAAAGUCAGUUCCAAUCUUAUGCAUCCCUUCAUUAUCCCACGGAUGCGGUUAAGAGAGCUGAACUUAUUGCUCAGUUGCAAGAUCGGCAUUUUCACGAAUAUAUGGCAUACAUACAACGUCAAUAUCGUUUUAUUCAGCGAUCACAGAUUGAAUCUCCCUCUCAGACAACCGAUAUGUCGACAACGAAUGGUUCAGUUGAAGAUUAUUCAGUCGAUAAUGUAAAGUCAAUUGACAGUCUAACUGUUAAGAAAAUUGCCAAUUGUUCAGAAACCAUUUCUCCUAAUGAGGACAGUAUCAAAGAUCAAUCUGUUCUUAACGGCACAGUGCAGUUAGAGUCGUCUUUACAUUCCCCCGAGAUUCAAAAAGAAAACUCAGUAUCCGCUGAUGUUUCUGUUAAUGACCUUUCUUAUACAAAUACUUCAGGUUCGUCUUUUAUUUUUGAAUAUAUUAAUAAAUUUCAUCGCAAGUAAAUUUAUAAUUAUAGAUCAGCUGACUUUUUGGCCAUGCUACAAACACAGUCUUAUUGAACUAACUUACGUCUUUCAUUGGCUAUUCAUUUUUUUCGUAUUAUUCGCGUUUUUAACUUCUAUUGUAAGUAUUGUGCUAAAGGUGUUUGGAGGAUACUAAGCCUGAGUUAAAGUAACAUGUAUACAUGUAGUAGCUUGGCUUCGAAGUAAUUCAUUAGGCUUCGUAUAUCAAUCAUCGUAAUAAUUGUUAUUAAAUAUAUCCCAGCGGUGUAUUAAUUCAGAAAGCAACAUGAAGCGUCGACUGCAGUUUAUUGUUGAAUAGCGCAGGUCACAAAGCUACAGGUACAUCAAGCGAAUUUGAGCAGAAAAGCUAGUGCGCGCGACCAUACGAAGAUAUAUAUGAGAUUGAUCAAUCGCAGUCCUAAACAUUAAUGGGAAGAUCCGAACAAACAAUACAAAAGUGGAUUAAAUACAAAAUACGGCGCUUUAAACAGGAAAACAGUUAUGUUAAUCAACGUAUAAAACUUAGUACAAAUUAGGUUGACAUUCCAAGACAGUAAUUUAAUAAAAUGCAAACAAAGAAGUUAACAUUUUAGUAGUACUAAUGAAAGGAACUAAACAUGCAGAGUUUACGUCAAAAUAAAAAUAACAAGUAUAGUUUAAGAAGUAUAAGUACGAUAACCUCAGAUUUAGAAGAAUGAACUUAUUUGCGUCACUAAAACCAGUUCUAAAUCAUGUUGCACAAUAUAGUUCAAAUAAAACAGCAUUCAUUUUUAAACUUUCGUUCGUUUGUGUAUAUUUAUAUUGGAGGUGUUAAUGUGCUGCUUGGUUGACUAAUGAAAUUUGUCUUGCAAACAGGUUUUUUCUCAAAAAGAAGAAAUAUUGCAUACCUGUGAACUAUGAAGCUUGUCAAUAUGCAGUUGAAACUACUUUCAUUUGUCAUGAAAGGAUACUUCAAGCAUCAAAAUAUGGUUAAACGAUGAAGUGGUUAGAAAAAAUUAUUACAUGGGAAUAUAUUUAUGACAAACCAAAACACUGUUUAUAUCACACUUCAAGUAAUCUAAGUGCACAAUUUUUCAAGUCCCACUUCAAAUUUUGGUCAGAAUCAGUAAAUAAUAACUCAUAUAAAAGAAGUACAUCGGUUCCUCAUCUGAACAGAAAUUUAUUUCAAAUGAACAUCAAUGUCUAUUAUCGUAUUAUAUGACUUAAUAGGAUUAUGGAUCAGAGGGGGUUUUGUGGAGAAUUUAGUAUUUUCACAGUUGAAAUCAUGAGUCAAUUGAAGCUAGAUCACCAUCGAAAACCUGGAAGCACUGGACGGACGUUUCGUCCUACUAUGGGACUCCUCAGCAGUGCGCAUCCACGAUCCCGCACUCGCGAGAUUCGAACCCAGGACCUACCAGUCCCGAGCCGGAUCCCUAAACCGAUAGACCACUGAGCUGGCAUCAAACGGUGUUAAUGUCUAACUUCAACCAAUCCACGAUUUUGAGCGACCGUUCAUCAAUUGUCUUCAGUGAGCUGAUAUCUCUACAACAGACUUGGUAGAACUCCACUGGCCACUGCUUCCCACUAGAACUCAAGGAAAUAUCUCUUGAAUAGGAUUACUCAUGUUCUGGUAUCACAUUCAAUGAGGCAGAUUAUAUUCCUUUUUAGGCGCGUAUAAAACAUAUGUAUGCAGUUAAGGAAUGAAAGUUUUAGCCUUGAUAUUGAGUUCAUGCUGAUUUUCAAACUGCUGCAAUUGUUUGAUCUGGGAUCACUAACAAUUAUAAGUUUGAAUUCAAUUGCAUUGGUUGUUUGAAUCUUCCCAUUGAUGGUUAGGACUGCACUUGAUCAGACUGAUCAAAAUAUACAGAGUAAAUUUGAUAUUCCUGGACAGACUUGAAACAAAAUAAAAUUACAAUUAAUUUGACAGCUGUCUAAUCAUCAUGAACCACUAAGAUGUCUUUUUAUCUGAGUAUAGUUUAUUUUUAACUUGGGAAGGCUUUUGUAAAGCUUCUAACAAAAAGUACGAUUCAUAUUGUCACAGGUUUCAUAGCGGCGGUGAUUGACAGUUUAGGUUUAAUGUCCGUUUUGAGUGAGUAGGCAAUGUUUAUUUCAAAAACGUAUUUCGUUCCGUUAGUUUCUGAAAUUAAAUUAUCUGUUAGUGGUUAUUCUGAAUCGUCUAUUAUACUGUGCUUGUAUGUCAUCAAGGUGAAUAGAAAUUAUUUUCCAUCCAAUAUAGUUGAUUUUAUAUCCAUAUUGUCGACUUUAUUUCAUUUUUACAUCUUGUUAUGUUUCGUUUAUUCGACCUAUUAAACAAUGUUUUUAAAUAUGUAUAUCUGUGUUAGAUUUGUCAACUCUUGAUUCAGAUAAGAAAUGCCUUGACACUGAUCCUUACCUAAAUGCAUCUUUGGUGGUACACGCCCCUACAUUAUGGACUCGUGGAGAAGUUAAAGAAUUUAAACAGUGUUUAACUGAAGAUGAAGAGUCUGUUAUUCGAAUAAACAGCGGUGAAGUUUAUUCGAUGGUCACUCAGAAGUAACCAAGGCAGAGAAUCCAGAAAAGUCUAAUAUCCUAGUUGACGAGAUCAUACCUAUUACACGACAGAACUCUCAAAAUGAAGUGUGCUGUGGAUCUCAUUUGUAUCCAGGUGCGGGAACAUAUGUUUUUAAAUUCGACAACUCCUUUUCCCUAUGGAGGUCGAAAACCCUCUAUUAUCGCGUUUGCUACACAUACUAGAGUGUUCAUCCUUAAAGGUGGAAAAUCUUUCCAGUUUGUCAAAAAUUUGGCUGUGCACCAUGAUUUCGUAACUUUUCUCUGUACUUCUACUUCCUUUAUAAGUUCAAUAAAAAUGGUUCAAAGUGCCUUUUUAUAAUAAUUAGUGUCAAAAUUGCACAGUAAACAUCAUUUGGAAAUAAGUUUUUUCUAUUGGAUUUAGAAAUUUUUAUGAUAUAUUAGCUUCAUGAAAUCU